AUGCACAAUGAUACCUCACCAUCCACCGCCGAAGCCCGGCGGCUCAAGAAGCGAGAGCUCGAUCGCAAAGCCCAAAGAUUAGCCCGUGAGAGGACGAAAAGUAGAAUUGCGCAGCUAGAGAGUAUGGUGGACAAUCUACGGCAGAGCGACUCGAAUGCACAGGUGUCCACGUUAAUUGACGAGUUGGAGAAAGUCACAAAGGAAAGGGACAAUCUAUUACAAGUGCUCGAUUCUCUAGGCUCGACAAUUCGUCGUCAUCUUGGCGACUCAAACACCAGCGAGGCAUCAAACGACAUCAAAUCGGAAGCUUCAUCACACACCACACCCAGAGCUGAUGGACAAGCGGAACCGAGUAGCUCGACAGUCCCAAUUGAUGUAUCUUCAGAGACAAGUGGCUCUUCAAUAAUGGAACUCCCCAUGGACGCUCCCCCGACGAAUCCCUUCGCCUACAACAGCUGGUCGUAUCCUGUCAGCAACGGCCCAUAUCCGACCCCCAUGGCCUUUGACAGCUCUAUCCUCCCACCACCAGGUCACGACUUCAUGACCAUUCAGCCUCUCCUGCCAAGCCUUCCAACUCCCGCCCCCGAAGACAACGAUGUCAUAGUCCCCAAAGCCUCAGUCUUGUGCCACUGUUCGAGCCCCACGAAUUGCACGUCCAACUACCAUGGCGUAAAACCCAACAUUUGGCGUGCAAUCAACGAAACACUACAGAAGCCCACCAAACUAUCACCUGAAGAGAUGGCUGUGGAAGAAUAUAACGCUGAAGAUAUACCGAUACGAGCUAUCGUCGAAGGAUGGGACAGUCUGGAGAGGGCGGGGAGAUUGACGCCGACGUGGCGAAAGUUACGGGUGGCGGACGAGAUGUGUUUUGCAAAUUGUGGCAAUACUGAGCGUCUAGCUUCCUUGAGAAUUUGCCAUAUGCUCAUCAUGUACCAUGGGGACCCAACUUUAGCUCGCCGAUCUACGUUGCCCAGGUGGUACUUGAAUAGGCCUUCACAAGCUCUACCUCAUACUUAUGGUAUUGACUUCUUCGUCUGGCCCGGUUUACGUGAACGUCUCAUCUUCUCACAACAUCACUACUGCGCCAACACAUUCUGGGACGUACUGCAGCCUAAUUUCAAGAUUCUAUGGCCAGACACCUUCCAAGACACAUUUUUCCACAACACCCAAACCGGAAAGUAUCACAUAUCACCAAUAUUUGAAGAGCGUAUUAGAGACAUCAACGCUUGGACGAUGUCGACGGACUUCUUUACACAUUUCCCUGAACUAGUCGAGGACAUCCCAGCCUUUAUGGGAAUCCCGGCAUCGAUGUCAAGAGCAGAAACUGCGAUCGUGCCUUCGCGUCAACGGCAGAGGCGGGAUGAUGAUGAGGACAAGGCAUAUAGAGGGCAGAGAGCACCUAUCUGUUGA